UUCUCUGACCGUUCGGCUCUCAUGAAUCCCAGUUUUCGUGCUUAUAUUCUGAGCAAGUUCUCAAAACCCUCAAACUAAAACUACAACUCAAAACCCACCCUCUGAAUCACUUAUUUAUCACUCCUCCUCAGCUCGAUAGUUAGAUUACCUGAAAUACGUGAUACGGAUCUUUUUCUGGUUUGAUUUUGAUUUUCCAUUCCACAGCAGCAACUACUUCUUCUAUAGAAUAGAAGAAGUAGUUGCUGCUGUGGGAGGAAAGUAGAUUCUGUAUUUCUGUGGGAGGAAAAUCAAGGAGGCUGACGAUCAACAUGAGAUUGCUAUUUUCAGUCUGUUUGAGGCUUUGAUCACAAGAGUGUAGUUUAAUAUUACGGCUCAUAUCAGGUACUGAUCCUUUUCUUUUAUUGUUGCUUUCGAGCUUGAAUAACCUCUGGAGUUAUCUACCACAGUAAUAUCUACCACAGUAAUACUUAAAUCAUCUGUUAAUAAGUAUAUAAAGUUGCUGCAAAUUCAUGUGAUGAUAAUUGAUAAGCAGAAACCUGAUCUUAGCCGGCCCUGAGGCAGCGCUGGCGGUAGUGGUGUAGCUUCCUUAUGGGCCACAGUGGCCUUGGCACCCCCUGAAUUAUAAAAAAACAAAGCUAUUAAUAUAAGUUGCAAUUAAUAUGUUAUAUUAGUGGAUUGUCAAAAUUAUCCUUAUUUGGCUCCCCUAAUAGCUAGGUAUUGGUCAUUCAAAUAUGGCACCAAAUGUUGAAAUCAGGGCUAAGGUUUUGAAGAAGAGCAGAAAGAGAGAGUAAAUAUCAGAGGAUGAGAGAAUGAAGAAGAUGAUGAUACUGGAUUGAUAAGCUUGAGAUCGGACAGCUUAUUACAUGAGUAUUAUAUAGGACAGAUUGUAACUAAUUGUGCUUAACCCUAACUAAUUUCUCUAACAAUAUUUUCUAGCUGAUCAAUUAGCGUAUGACACGUGGCUCGGGCUGGAGAUGGUUUGGUUGACUUCUCUUCCUUGUUCAUUUGUUGACUUACCUGCUGACUCAUCUCAUACAGCUUACACAAGCAACUAAUUUUUGUCCAAAUAAAUAGCUUUUACGUUUAUAUGCAAAGUAGAGUGAUCCAAAGCUCAAGAAACGGAAAAAAAAAACCCUUUAUCUAAACCAACAGGCCUUUUCAAAAAAAAAAAAACAUGAAACAGAUCAUCGGUAUCUAAAGUUGGGAAGACCAAGGCUAUCCCGUCAACAAUAUUCAAGAAUGAAUGAAGGGAUCACAUCUCACCAAACCAGCUCAUCAGAAGACAAACCAUAAUAAGCUGAAGUAUCCGCCGCUUGAUUACCACCUUCUAGAAAUGCAUUCGGAACAAUGUAAACAAUUAAACCAUUCUAAACAAAGCUUCCAAGGAACAAGGUGAGGAGAAUGAGUAAAAGUGAGCACCAUAGCCAAGUAAACCUUCAACCAAAUAGUUUUCCAUUCCCUCACUGAAGCCAACAAAGAUAUAGUCUUUAAGAAUAAUACAAACAUAGAGAGUAGAGACGACUUUUAUUGCCAUGCUACUUUUACUUUUGAUGGUUUGUACAGGAUAUUGAACAACUUGGAGACAAAGCCAUGUGAUCAUGAAGAAAUCAAGGCAGAGACGGACUGCUAAUCUGCGAGGCAUAAUAUAUCCCAGGUAAGCUCAACAAUUCUACAGCGAUCUCUACAAUAAGAAUUGGCAUGCCAACAUUAAACUUCUCCUAGACAUUCUAGGUAAACAAAGUGUAUUGCCUUGCGUCAUUACUAUUUGUGAAAUUACAAGAAUUUAAUAUAGCUGUCAAGUAGUCUACGUGAUGGCUGCUACAACAUGAAGUAAGUGUGGCGACAUGCUUUCGAGAUUGACAAGCAUUAUACCAUCCAGCAUCAACAAAGGGGCUGGCAUCUCGAGAAUCAGAAAUCAAAAACAGUUAGUUUUGCUUCUCCAAUUGAAAUGGAUGCUAGCUUUGUUAUCAAGAGGGGCCUUGUGAAUAUGUCCUGCAUUAAGAGAGUACUGGAGAGCUGGUGUUAAAGUUCUCGGGUAGUUUGCUGGAAAGUAAGCAGCGAGAAAUAAGACUACAGGUCUGUUGAAAUUCAUAGAGGUCAAGGUGUGUGGUUUUGAUUUAGUUCAUGCUGUGGGGCAGCAUGAAGCCUGUGAAGAAGACAGUGCAGUGGAAAGCAUUAUUUUUUCGAGUCAUGAAGGUAUGGUGCAAAACAAAUCUGCCGACAAAUGACGAGUAUUAUCUGCAUAGCAUAAAUAUUCGUCUGCGAAGCUUAACAAUGCUGCUGCUAAUUAAGCAAACUUGUUUCCAGAUAUAUGAUGCCAUUAAGAAGUGAUGAUAAAGCAAAGCCUAGCCUUGUUCUGGGAAUUAUUCCGAAAUUGAAAGUAGCAUACCUUGAGGCUAUCAGUACAACUACAUGAAAUAGACUGAGCCGCAAAUAUCAAUUAAGAGUAAGAACCUAGAAAAUUUGCAGUUGGAUGGCUGUUGAUGUAACAAAAUUCAUCCUAGGCAGUGGCGGAUUUACAAUCAGGUCCGGGAGGGUCCCGAACCCCCAGCUUCCUAACCUAUGUUACCUUGAUCAUAGUUUGCUGUCUCAAUUAAUCUGUAAACCGACCCCCAUCCCCACCCCCAAUAAUAUACCAAAAAGAGUUUUUGUUCAAAUUUUAAGGUUUGAUAUUUUUCAAUUUGUUCCUUUUCUUUUAUCUUAUGUUCAUGAUAUCAAAUUUAAAAUAUUUAUUUCCUUUUGUUCUGUUUAAUAUUUCUUAAUGAGCUUCAUAACAUUUAUCUUUUCUUAUAUGGUGAAUUUCAUAUGCUACAAUUUUGUGUUUGUUUCUUCUAUGGAAAAGAAUUUUUGUUGUCGAACAAAAGCUUUUAAUUUGGAACCACCCCCCCCCCCCCCCCAAAACCGUAAAAUCCUGGUUCCGCCCCUGAUCCUAGGCGUAUAGUCUUUCUGAUAGUUGUUUCUUUGGACACAUCAAGGUAAUGGCCAAAGGUUUGCCUGGCGCUGCACAAAGCAACUAGUUUGUGAUGCAUUUUAUAAAUUAAAUUAAGGAUUAAUUACAAAAUUGUUCCUAUGAGACUAUUUUCAUUUUCAUACUCAAAUAUAUGCCUUGAUUAAGUUUCGCAGGUUUAAAUCAUAAUUCUUUGGGCUUAAAGUUCUUCAAUGCAAGAUUCCAACAGUGGCAAGUGGCAAGUGGCAACAAACACUAAAUGCCUACAAAUGGGUUGAAAAGAGAGACGGCAAUAAAGUGGCUCGCAGGAAGCAAAUGUACGGAGCCAGCAAUUAGACCAUAUAUUUACCAACUUUCACACCGAAAAGUGCUACAACACCCAACGGAGGUGGUUGUAUUUUACGGGAUCAUGUUGAGCCUUCUAUAUUGCUGGAGAUCAAUGUUCCCGACUAUGAAAAGUAGAGAAGAUAAGGCCCUGCAUAGCCCCAGGGGAUUAAAUGAAUCACCUAAUACAUGGGGCAGAGCCAACAUUAUUUUUCUAAUGCGCAAUGGAGAAGAGAAGUUGUCGUCAAUUAUCUUGAUGAAGUUGGAAGCUCCGGGCAGCAGCAAAUUAAGCGGAGGCCAAAAACUAAUUGUUCACUCAACGAACCAAAGUUCUGGUGACUAAGUACUCGCUUAUAUUUUGAGAGGUUAAAUAAAACCUACUUGGGAUCAAGCUAUUUUAAGGCAAUUUUGGUAGAUGUGCAUGCCUGACCUGCAAGUGACAAUAUGACUGUUAUUGAAGAUAUCACUGUAGAAGCAAAUCCUUGAAGGGCAAGAAUCGGCAAUGUCUGUUAAUGCAUAGCGCCUUGGAUCAAUCAUUAUUUGGUCAUAUAAUCUUGACAACAAAACUUGGGGAUAAAGAAAAGGGAGAUUCCCGGCUUACAAUCAAGUUGUUGAAUCAUUUGGCAAGUAAUUAGUCAUAUCAUGAGAAGACAUAGAAGUGCUGUUACCAAGUGCAAAAAUAUCAGGAGAAUCUAACGAUCAAAGUCGAAACAAAGUAGAUCCUGCUACUGGUUGUCAACGCAUUCAAAGCUUAUAGUUUUUCAACGACACAACACUGCUUAUACCUGGGGCGGUGCAGCUGCACCACGCCUCCGAUGCCAGGAGGCCUCUGAUCAUGUAAAACUUUUUACAUGAUGUAUAUUAUACAUAAAAACAAACAUGUUGAUUUCCCUAAUUGCACCCCGACUCUGACGUAGUUUGGUGUCUCUGGUUCCAGCUUCAGCAACACAAAAUAAACAAGUUUAAUGCUACAACUAGUCUUUCGUGAGUCGAAUUCACAACCUCCCACAUACAAAGAGGAGACUAUGCCACUAGACCAAAUGAAUGAUUCUUGGACUCUGGUGACUUCAACUUUGGCCUCCAUUCCUCGCCACAUUGCAUUGACGACCGCCCGCAAAUGCAAAGAAUGAGCCAUGAGAUGCAAUAUAUUGAAUUCCUUGGAAAAAUGAAUUUUUCUCCUGAUAGCAAAUGGACAAGAAUUCAGCAACUGGGUCGUGGGUCUUCUGGAUCUGUCUUCGAAGGAUGUUUUGAGAACGGAUUCCACUUUGCUGUCAAAGUAGUUUCCUUGCAUGAUGAAGGAAGUCGAGGGACGAACUGCGUCAAUCAACUUGAACAGGAGAUUGCUCUUUGGAGUCGGUUUAAACAUCAGAACAUAGUUCAAUAUUAUUACUCAUAUAAGGAUGAACUGAACCUUUAUAUGUUCAUGGAGCUUGUACCUCGAGGAUCCCUACGAAGCUUCUAUCAGACAAAUCCCGUUUCCUGUCUUCUCGUCUCCAAAUACACAAAAGAUAUUCUUCAUGGUCUUAAGUAUCUUCAUGACCACAAUGUGAUUCACAGGGACAUAAAAUGUGCAAAUAUAUUGAUAGAUGCUCAAGGAUCUGCAAAGCUCGCAGAUUUGGGAGUGGGAAAGAUAAUCAGAAUGAAUGAUAUUAAGUCUUUCCAGGGCAGCGCAUUUUGGACAGCUCCUGAGGUUCUGAGUGCAAUAAGGCAUAACCAAGGUUAUGGGAUUUCAGCUGAUAUAUGGAGCCUUGGUUGCACCGUAUUGGAGAUGUUAACCUGCAGGCGUGUUCCUUACCAGGAUAUGACACCGGAACAGGCAUUAUGGAGAUCAUUGAACGGGAAGCUCCCUGAGAUUCCUGAUUUUCUCUCAGUGGAUGCACAAGAUUUCAUCCAGAAAUGCCUAAAGAUCAACCCAAAUGAUCGUCCCACUGCUUCAGAGCUCUUAGAGCACCCAUUUGUCUUGAGGCGGCCAAGGUCGGGCAACAUGCCAAGGCGAGGUUCCGUUCUUAAGAACAUUUUCAAAAAGUUGUCAAAAAAAUUUUGCAAAUGUUUUUACGAAUAUAGUUUCUGAUCUUUGAAUUUCACUCGAUUCUGUCUUGUGUUGGGAGCUGUUUCAGACUAUAAAGUUGUAUUAACUUGUGUUUUGUGUGUGAUUAUAAUGAAUUUAACUUAUUUUCCUGC